AUGAAGGGCAUCGCAGGUCUUACUCUCCUGCCGCUGCUGGCAGCUGCAAAGCCUGUCAUCAAGGCAGACACCUUGAGCCACCAGAGCAUCGACAACGAUGCCGCUCCCCUCAUCUCGUCUGUCGAUGCUGAGACCAUCCCCGACUCAUACCUGAUCGCUUUCAAGGAUCACGUCGACCACCGUGAUGCCGCCGCUCACCACAACUGGGUGCAGGACAUCCACGAGCAGACGCUCAGCACCAAGCUCGAGCUCCGCAAGAGAUCGCAGGCUCCUUUCCUCGAGACUGUCUUUGACGGUCUCAAGCACACAUACAACAUGGCAGGCCUCAAGGGCUACUCAGGCCACUUCGACGAGUCCGUCAUUGACGCCAUUCGCAAGCACCCCGACGUAAUCCCAAGCCAUUCAGCCUAUGAGACCUUUACUGACUUGCUCUCACUCAGNGUCGCCUUUGUCGAGAAGGACCAGGUCAUGCACACCCUCGCCAAGUCCGAGGACCCCGCCGUCGAGAAAGGCGCUCCUUGGGGUCUCGCUCGUAUCUCGCACCGCGACAGCUUGACCUUCGGCACAUUCAACAAGUACCUCUACUCAUCCGACGGUGGUGAGGGCGUUGAUGUCUACGUUAUCGACACUGGCACCAACGUUGACCACGUCGACUUUGAGGGCCGUGCCUCCUGGGGCAAGACCAUCCCUCAGGGUGACGAGGACAAGGACGGCAACGGUCACGGCACUCACUGCUCUGGUACCGUCGCUGGUAAGAAGUACGGUGUUGCCAAGAAGGCCCAUGUCAAGGCCGUCAAGGUCCUCCGCUCCAAUGGCUCGGGUUCCAUGUCCGACGUCGUCAAGGGUGUUGAGUACGCUGCCGAGUCCCACAUCGAGCAGGUCGAGAAGGCCAAGAAGGGCAAGAGAAAGGGCUUCAAGGGCAGCGCUGCCAACAUGAGUCUGGGUGGUGGCAAGUCUGCUCUCCUCGACCAGGCUGUCAACGCUGCCGUCGACGCCGGCAUCCACUUCGCUGUCGCCGCCGGCAACGACAACGCCGACUCUUGCAGAUACUCNCCCGCCGCUGCUGAGAAGGCAGUCACCGUUGGCGCCUCCACUCUUGCUGACGAGCGUGCUUACUUCUCCAACUUCGGCAAGUGCAACGACAUCUUCGCUCCCGGCCUCAACAUCCUUUCCACCUGGAUCGGCAGCGAGACUGCCACCAACGUCAUCUCCGGUACCUCUAUGGCCUCUCCCCACAUUGCUGGUCUCCUCGCCUACCUCCUCUCCCUCCAGCCCUCCAAGAACUCUGCCUACGCUGUCGCUGAGAUCACCCCCAAGAAGCUCAAGGCUGACCUCCUCUCCAUCGCCACUGUUGGUGCUCUUGAGGACGUUCCCUCAGACACUGCCAACGUAAGUAACUGUAUACUUCUGUGUUUAUGCUCUUUACUGACAUCAAUCAGNAUCCUUGCCUGGAACGGUGGUGGUUCUGCCAACUACACCGAGGUCAUUGCCGCUGGUGGUUACAAGGUCAAGAACUCGCAGCGCGAGUACGGUCUUGAGGAGCUCAAGGCCAUCACCAAGACCGACUCUGCCCACAAGGCUUACAAGAAGGUCCAGGAGAUGGACGCAUCGGUCAUCCGCGAGGACAUGAGAGAGUCGUUCGAGGCUGCUCGCAAGGAGAUUGCCAGACUUACCGCCAAGCUCGAGUCCGAGAUUGACGAGUUCCUCGCAUCUUCUGAGUAA